UUUCCCUUUUGACUAUGUUGAGGGACAGGCCAGUUAGCAGACUUGUCUUUAGAGCUGCGGGAAGGCACAGAAGCUCUGAAAAUUGACUUGAGAGUGUGACCGGGCCAGGCCAAGCUCAGGGCCCGGCAGGCCAGCAAGGUCAUGGCAAGUGGAGGCAGCGAUCUCUGCUCCAGGAUGGACACGGACAGCCAGAACAUGGAAGACAAGGAUCUACAGGAGCUGAUUUGCCCUGAGCUCCUUCUCAGGCACUUCAGAGAAAACAAGGUGGAGAUUGCAACUGCGAUAACGCAGCCAUUUCCUUUCCUCAUGAGCCUCCGAGACCGUGCCUUCAUCUCUCAGACAAUGUUUGAAAAUUUUCAAGGAGCUUGUAGAAACCUGAUUCCAGUGGCAAGAGUGAUGUACGAUGUCCUCAGUGAACUGGAGAAAACGUUUGACCUGUCGCUUCUGGAAAUAUUGUUCAGCAAAGUUAACCUGAAGGCCUAUCCUGAUUUAAAUGAGAUUUUCAGAAGCUUCCAAAAUGCCAUUCGUGACUUCUUUAAUGAAAAUGGUGAUGGAGAAGAGCCUCAGGAGAUGCUGGGCACUCAGUCAUGCCAGGACGGAAGGAUGAUGCUCCCAGAAGCUGGAACCUCAGAGCAUCUCGGCAAUGAGGAGCAGAUGGAUGUAAGGGAAGAAGAUUCAUGUCAUGACUCAAAUGAUAUAUCAAGUACCCAAGAAAUGACAGGUGACUAUGCUGGAGGCUCUGAACGAGAAGGGGAUGGCAAUGACUGUCCUGAAAUGCAUGAUGUAGAAGAGCCUGAGGAAGCCUUGAGGUCCCUGCCAGGAUGUGGGCCAGAGUCCUGUAACCCCACAACUCUGCAGAUGACUAAGGAAGAACGAGACAAGGUGCUCAGUCUGCUACCAAGUGAAGGAGAAGAGGGAGGCAAUACUUGUUUGGAAAUGUGUGAAGGAAAAGAGCCCCAGGAAGCCUCAAGCCCCCCACCAACAUGUGGGCCAGAGAGCAGUGCCUGUUUGGAAGCCUGUGCUGGAGAAGAGGCCCGGGAAGCCCUAAGCCCCCUGCCAAGCCCCCUGACCCCUGGGUCUGUGUCCUGUGGUUCUGAAGCUCUUCAGGUGACUAAUAAAGAAGAACCAGAGGAGGUGCCUGGCCAGCUAGUACAUGAUGGGGAAGAAACCAACAGUCCCUGUUUAGACAUGUAUGAUGGAGAAGAGUCACAGGAAACCUUGAGCUCACCACCAACAAAAAGUGGGCCAGGUGAGGAAGUAUCUGGGGAAUUAGAAGAUCAGCAAACAGAUGAGGAAGGAGGAGCAGACGAGCUUACUUCUUGCCUAUCACGCGAUGAUGAGCCAGGAGCAGAGCAACCGGAAUAUGGAAAUGGGAAGUGUUCCUGUGUCAUGUGUUUCACAAAAGAUGUGCCAGAAGGCCCAGAAACAAGGACAUCAACUGGCCAGCCACGAGACUCAAGGGAUACUGUGGUUAUUGGAAAUAAAUCUACUUUGGGACAACCCAAGAGGAAAAGAAGAAAAAAGAAAGGACAUUCCUGGGUCAGAAUUAAAAGGAGAAAGUGUAAACAAAUACAACAAAAUGAGAACAGCAAAGCUGAUGGUCAGUUGGUCUCCAGUAAAAAUAACAUGACUCUCCAAGGCCCUGCCAAGCUAAGAGCAAGGAAGAGAAGAAGAGGUAGAAUGUGCUUCACUCAGAGUAACGGAGCCCCACGGAGAAAAGCCUCCAGAAUACUCAGAGAUCAAACUGUGGAUUUUCGGGCUCCUUUGCUUACUGUGACCUGCGGUGAGGCAAAGGGUACUUUACAUAAGAAGAAAUUGAAACAAGGAGUCUUGGUGAGGUGUAUACAAAGUGAAGCUGGAAAUUGGUUCACCCCUAGAGAAUUUGAAAUCAAAGGUGGCCGUGCAAGAUCAAAGAACUGGAAGUUCAGUAUACGCUGCGGCGGGUGGCCCCUACAAUGGCUGAUCGAGAAUGGAUUUCUACCUGAUCCUUCAAAAGUAUAUAAAGGGAGGAAAAAGCGGAGGAUACUGAAGUCUCACAAUAAUACCUCAGGUGAUCCUUCUCUGGGAAACAUGGAUGAAUGUGAGAUAUGCCGGGAUGGAGGGCUUCUGUACUGCUGUGAUUCUUGUUCCAGAGCCUUCCAUGAAGACUGUCAUGUCCCUCCUGUAGAACCUGAGCAAACCCCAUGGAGCUGCAUCUUCUGUAGUGUGAAGAAGUUUCCAGAAGAUCAACAAUGUUAUCAGGAAUCUGAGAUCCUGGAGAGACAGAUGGGGCCUAAGGAACAGCUGAAAUGUGAAUUCCUUCUGUUGAAAGUCUAUUGCUGUUCUGAGAGUUCCUUUUUUGCCAAGAUUCCAUAUUAUUACUAUAUUGGAGAGGCUUGUCAGGGCCUGAAGGAACCUAUGUGGUUGGACAAAAUCAAGAAAAAGCUGAAUGAGAAGUGUUACCCCCAGGUGGAGGGGUUUGUGCAGGACAUGCGCCUCAUCUUCCAAAACCACAGGGCAUCGUACAAGUACAAUAAUUUUGGCCAAAUGGGAUUUAGACUGGAGGCCGAAUUUGAGAAGAAUUUUAAGGAAGUGUUUGCCAUUCAGGAAACAGAUGAAAACAGUUGACUGGUAUGGGGGUGCUGAAGGGGCUUAGGAAAUGGCACCCCUAAAUAUGCUACUGCUGUGCUGAUUACUUCAAAAUGAGAGCAUUUGGUGACAGCAAAUGCAGGGAGGGGCUUCUCCCCUUAUCUGCCCAAAGAUGGAGCCCCCGGAAGGGCUUGGUUGUCGUAAGUUCCCUCCCUGAGAAACUCAUCAACUAGGGAAUGUUAACUCUGAUCACACAGAAGAAGACUGGAGGUGACACAGCCCCGACCGCCUCUCACCUAUAAGCAUCAGUUACCUGCCCCGCUUCUUGUAAUCUCCUGUUUUGUGGAUAUAAACAAUAAAAAUGUAUACAUACAAUAAAACUGGUUUUAAUUUCCU